CUGAAUGACACAGAACUUUUUGUUUCGAAAAGAUAUUGGUAAAAUUUAAAUCGUGGUAGGUGGAAAAAAUCCAAAGUGAAAAAAAGUUGACAGAUCCGCUUAUCUGCAUAAAAAAAUGGAAUUAAUGUCAUCUCAAGCCUUCGAAGAUCCCAGCACAAUCGAAGAAAUACCUGAAGAUGAUGACGACGAAGGCUUUGUUUCAUUUGACAGUUCUAAGAUACCUGUGUAUACAGUUAUGCUAGAAGAAACAACUCGAGAAAAAUGCAAAACUAUUAUCAUUUGUGAAGGAAUAGAGGCAACAGAUUUUGCCAAAAGUCAUCUUCCUCUUGUUGGUAGUGAACCUAUUGGGAAACUUGUGAAGAAAACACAGUUAGAUAAGUCUGAAGUUGAGAUCUGGGGAUUCCAGUAUAAGGAACCUGAACCAUCAUGGUUUUUUCAAAUCAAUGAGGAAACUUUAUUGUGCACCUGUAAUCCCACAAUUUCAUCAGAAGAUUUUUCGUUGUUUGCCAAAACCGUGAUAACUAGUUUUAAUAGCACCAUGGCUGUGGUGAUAUUAACUGUAUCUCCUAUCACAAAUUACAAAAGUGAUGACCAUACCACCUCCACAGAGGCACCACUAAUAAGAACUUUAGCCACUUCAGCAUUCAACUCAAAUGGCUUUGUAAAAAACAUCAGACUUGAGCAGCCUAACAUAUUAGGAGGGUUGGCGGCAGGAUUUUUGACGGUAUGCGACAUAAAACAAAUACCAGCCGUUGCAUGUGUCGCUUUUUCUUCCAAUUUGGACGCAGACGUAGUGAAUGGAUUUACUACAUUCUUGCACUCAGUCGAAUGUACUCAACAACUACAAAUCAGCCCGACAAAGCGCUUCCCAGUUCGUGACAAGUGCACCAAAACUGGUAAUUUAUACAUUUAAGUUGCGUUGAGGUAAUACACUGCAUUUUGAGGUG